AUGUCUCGACCACGUUCACGUACUAUCUCAAUAGCUGCUCCGCUCUCGACAUUGCGUCCUGCCAACAUUCCACAAGUUGCCUACAAUUCACCUGCUGAGCAGUCGGCCGUUUCUUCCAACAGUGGCGUAGAGUUAGGAGGAGCUCGUACUAUGACGGGAAUUUCACCUGAAACGACUGGUCGUCAACAGUCCGGAGGUUCUUCUCGACGAGUCCAUUAUGCCAGUCCUUCUCAAGGUAGUGGCCACUCGCAGGCAGCCUCGCAGAACGACCCUCUCCUCAUCACGCGAGGGCUUGCCAGAGGCAAAGUCCCCGCGCCGUCUGAACCCGAUCCAUUUCACGCAGACAAGAACCACGUUUCGCAGUCUGACAAAUCUCGCAAGAGCCACCCCUAUGUCCAGACUUCGCCACUCGGGAACAAAGCUUUGAACACCCGACGCAGGAGCAGUGGCUCGUCUCGUUCUCGUGCUGCCUCCUCUGCAACUCGCGUCCCCAGCCCCACUUUGUCGGAGGGUAGCACCAAGUGCUCCGCUGAUGCUGACUUGGAAAGUAUCCCUAGCGAGGCGACUCGGCUUCGCGUCGUUGAGAAUCUGAAACAGUACCACUACCAGGGCGCUGAGGGCAUGGCGUUGGGCCUUUUCGACCGUGGCACGAACACGAUUCCAGAAGUGAUGGAGACCUCGGAUGUGCUCUUCAGAGUCCUGAAGUAUCUGAGGAAUGCAAGCAUUCCAUCCACAUAUCGUGAUGCGAAGACCACGACGAAUCUCGUGGCUCUGCUCCGCUUCUCCCAAUUCUGGAAGAAGGACGGACUCUGGAUUGACGAAGCCAAGUUGAUCGGCUCCACGGACUUUGACGUUUACAAAGGCGCCUCACUCGCCGUGCUCAUGGCUCGCCUCUUCGUCGGACGGGUACUCACAGCGUCUGACGUCUUCUACUGCCUCGAUCUCCUGCUCAGCCACGAGCCGCACCACAACCGUCUCUGCGCGAUGCAUGUCAUGGUCUCCCAUCUCAACUAUCGUAUCGGCAAGAAGAAAUACUGGGAAAACUUCCAGCUCUUCGCUACGAGGCUCUCGGCGGUGAUCAACGAAUGGGGAGCGAGCAGCGAAGAUCGUUUUUUGGUUGAGGACACCAUUGGACGUCUCAAACACAUGCAUGAAAUGGCGGAGAUUAAGAAGAGCCUCAAGGGCGUCUCGUACGCCCAGUGA